CUGAGACGCGACCAGGACGCGGGGAGGACGGAGCGGCAGGACACACCGACCGGGGGCCCGGCGGGCGGAGGGCAGCGCAGCGCAGCCACGUCCCCCCCUGGAUCCGCCGACAGCCGGGCCCGGGGCUUCCGACAUGCCCCCCAGGAGAGUGUGCUGGGCAGACGAUGCUGGACACGAUGGAGGCGCCCGGCCACUCGAGGCAGCUGCUGCUGCAGCUCAACAGCCAGCGCACCAAGGGCUUCUUGUGCGACGUGAUCAUCGUGGUGCAGAACGCCCUCUUCCGCGCGCACAAGAACGUGCUGGCGGCCAGCAGCGCCUACCUCAAGUCCCUGGUGGUGCACGACAACCUGCUCAACCUGGACCAUGACAUGGUGAGCCCGGCCGUGUUCCGCCUGGUGCUGGACUUCAUCUACACCGGCCGCCUGGCCGACGGCGCCGAGGCGGCAGCGGCGGCCGCCGUGGCCCCCGGGGCAGAGCCGAGCCUGGGCGCCGUGCUGGCCGCCGCCAGCUACCUGCAGAUCCCCGACCUCGUGGCGCUGUGCAAGAAGCGCCUCAAGCGCCACGGCAAGUAUUGCCACCUGCGGGGCGGCGGCAGCGGCGGCGGCGGCUACGCGCCCUACGGCCGGCCGGGCCGGGGCCUCAGGGCCGCCACGCCCGUCAUCCAGGCCUGCUACUCGUCCCCGGUCGGGCCUCCGCCGCCGCCGCCGCCGCCCUCCGCCGCCGCCGCCGCCUCCGAGCCGUCGCCGGGCCCCGAGGCCGGGGUCAACACGCACUGCGCCGAGCUGUACGCCUCGGGGCCCGGCCCCGCCGCCGCCGCCCUCUGCGCCCCGGAGCGCCGCUGCUCCCCGCUCUGCGGCCUGGACCUGUCCAAGAAGAGCCCGCCGGGCUCCGCGGUUCCCGAGCGGCCGCUGGGCGAGCGCGAGCUGCCCCCGCGCCCCGACAGCCCGCCCGGCGCCGGGCCCGCCGCCUACAAGGAGCCGCCGCUCGGCCUGCCGCCGCUGCCGCCGCUGGCCUUCCAGAAGCUGGAGGAGGCCGCGGCGCCCCCCGACCCGUUCCGCGGCGGCGCCAGCCCGGGACCCGAGCCCCCCGGCCGCCCCGACGGCUCCAGCCUCCUCUACCGCUGGAUGAAGCACGAGCCGGGCCUGGGCAGCUACGGCGACGACCUGGUGCGGGAGCGCGGCGGCUCUCCGGGCGAGCGCUGCGAGGAGCGCGACGGGGCCGCCUCGCCCGCCGGGCCCCCGCUCGGCCUGGUGCCGCCGCCGCGCUACCCGGGCAGCCUGGACGGGCCGGGCCCCGGCGGCGACGGCGACGACUACAAGAGCAGCAGCGAGGAGACGGGCAGCAGCGGCGAGGACCCCAGCCCGCCCGGCGGCCACCUCGAGGGCUACCCGUGCCCGCACCUGGCCUACGGCGAGCCCGAGAGCUUCGGGGACAACCUGUACGUGUGCAUCCCUUGCGGCAAGGGCUUCCCCAGCUCGGAGCAGCUGAACGCGCACGUGGAGGCGCACGUGGAGGAAGAGGAGGCGCUGUACGGCAGGGCCGAGGCGGCCGAGGUGGCGGCGGGGGCGGCGGGCCUCGGGCCCCCCUACGGCGGCGGCGGGGACAAGGUCCCCGGGGCUCCGGGCGGCCUGGGCGAGCUGCUGCGGCCCUACCGCUGCGCCUCGUGCGACAAGAGCUACAAGGACCCGGCCACGCUGCGGCAGCACGAGAAGACGCACUGGCUGACCCGGCCCUACCCCUGCACCAUCUGCGGGAAGAAGUUCACGCAGCGUGGGACCAUGACGCGCCACAUGCGCAGCCACCUGGGCCUCAAGCCCUUCGCGUGCGACGCGUGCGGCAUGCGCUUCACGCGCCAGUACCGCCUCACCGAGCACAUGCGCAUCCACUCGGGCGAGAAGCCCUACGAGUGCCAGGUGUGCGGCGGCAAGUUCGCACAGCAGCGCAACCUCAUCAGCCACAUGAAGAUGCACGCCGUGGGCGGCGCGGCGGGCGCGGCGGGCGCCCUGGCCGGCCUGGGCGCGCUGCCCGGCGUGCCCGGCCCCGACGGCAAGGGCAAGCUCGACUUCCCCGAGGGCGUCUUCGCCGUGGCCCGCCUCACGGCCGAGCAGCUGAGCCUCAAGCAGCAGGACAAGGCGGCGGCGGCCGAGCUGCUGGCGCAGACCACGCACUUCCUGCACGACCCCAAGGUGGCGCUCGAGAGCCUCUACCCGCUGGCCAAGUUCACGGCCGAGCUGGGCCUCAGCCCGGACAAGGCGGCGGAGGUGCUGAGCCAGGGCGCGCACCUGGCCGCGGGGCCCGACGGUCGCACCAUCGACCGCUUCUCCCCGACCUAGAGCGCCCCAGCUCG